AUGUCUACAGAGAUUUGCAUUGUUUGUGAUGAAACUGUUGAUCCAGAUGAAGAGAUAUUCGUCGAUGGAGUUUUGUAUCAUAAUGAAUGUUUUCAAUGCAGCCAGUGUGAUGAAAAGCUUUCGGAGAACGAUUACUCCUCAUUUGAUGGGAUCUUAUAUUGCAAGCCUCAUUUUGAACAAACAUUUGAGAAAAAUGGAAGGAUUUCAAGAGAACUAUCUUUGCCUAAACCUAGUGAACUGCGAAAAACGUCUAGCAAACUCUCUACAAUAUUCUUCAAGACACAAGCAAAGCAAGCGGUUUCAAAAAAGUGUAAUAUACCAACCUACAAAAAGAGAGAAGCACGACCAACAGUGUCAUAUGCAGAUGAUGAUGACGAUUCUAGUCCAGAUUUUCUUACUCCUACAAACCAAAUUCAUCCAUUCGCCGUUGGCCAAUUAGAUCCAGAUACAAUCAUGAAUCAGUUUAUGCAAAAUCCAGCUUUGAUUGGUCUCUUAGACGGAGUUCCAAAUCAAUCUGAAAUGGAAUCUCAAGAUUUCUUAAGGAAUAUGUUGGAUCAAAUAACUAGAAACCCUGAAAUGAUGAGAGCGAUCGGUCAACUUGGUCAACAUAUGGAUGAUAAUCAAGAUUUAGGUAGCAUGUUUUCAGCUAUGAGUGAGCCCCAAUGCCAAGGAGGCGGCGACAGUGGUUUUGAUGGCGACCUUGAUAUGUCCUUCAUGGUUCAACAAAUGAUGCCUUUUUUCUCUCAAGCUUUUUAUCAUGAGGACUUGGGAUUAAAUUUACUUGAACAUCAUCCGCCUAUAAAAAAAGAGCUUCAUCGUCGUUGUUAUAGUGAUAGUGCAAGCAUCAAGGGCUUAUCAGUAGAUUGUCAGAUGAAUCUCAAAGAAGUAGCUAAAAAGAUUGAAGACCAGUACCCACCUUUAGAGAUAUUCUCAUCUGUAAUUGAAACUACCGUUUUUUUGAAUGAAAAUAUUCAAGAUAUAUACGGUCUUGCUGAUUUAUGUUCAGAUGAAGAACUUGCUGAGGAAUUUAUGAAGAUGAUGAGGCGCGAUGUUUGUCGACGGCUUGGAAAGAGAUAUGAUAGAUUUAAAUUGAAAUCUUGA